AACACCCCCAACAAUGCCAAUGCCAUUCACACGCGACGAUGACUAUGACAGUGAUCCAGAAGUUCAGGCGGAGAAGGAAAUGGCCAAGAAAGAUCCAAUCGGCUUUGCGAUCGACUCGAGCUCGCUGACUUCGAUGAAGAAGGCGGCGGCUGCGGCCGCGAAGGAUCAGGUCUCCACAACUCCACCAAAUCUAGUCAUCGGAAGCAAUGGAGGCGCCGGCACGAUCGCAACCGUCCCCCGUUCCAAGUCGCAAGACGAGAUUGUAAAGAAGCAAAAGACUGCCGGCCAAAGCAAGGCUCUCAAGAAGCAACGCUCUCGCGGAAUCUCGGGAUGCUCUUCUCGCAAAUACUCGGGAUACGACGAUGAAAUGGAUGAGGAUUUCGGCGACGAUGAAGACUACGACCACUACGGAGGCCAAGAGGUUUUCGACGAGGACGAAGAGGACACUUUUGUUGCGAAAAAGUGAAUUCCCAUGAUGAUGUCCCAGUGUCGCCGUUUCAAUUGUUUAAAUAAUUUAAUUUUAAAAAAUUUUACCGUUAAACUCCUUGUUAUAACUUUUUUGUGAAGUAGUAUAUGUGUACAUUCACUCGCUGUAAAUUUAAUUUGCCUAGUUUCUUUUUCGUUUGUUUUUUUUCUGUUAAUUUUUCACGUUUAAUUUUCCACACACACACGGCUUUUUAGUUCGGAUAUUAUUUCAAUCCCCUGUUCCACACUUUUCCCCAGCGGUUCCAUGUUUCUACCCCGAUACUCUUUUUCAAUUUUGCCCUAACUCCUUCCUUCACACACCAACUUAUUCUCAUUCUGUACAUAAAUUGAUCGGCGCAAA